AUGGUGCCAAUGAUGCGGCUUGCCUCAGCAACUUCGACGGGGUGGCUGUGGCUGUGCUCAUUUGCUACCGGUCGAGAUUACGACGCCUCUGGAGACAUUCCCGGCACAGCGAUAGAUGAUCCACCGCUACCACACCCUAAUGACAGCGGUGUUCUUGCAUCCCUCCAUGUGGAUGAGCGUGUCCUUACGGAGGAUUUUUUAAUGAUCGUCAUCACUCCCUCACCCGGUCUAGAUGACGAACACACCGGGCUCAGCACAGAAGCAGUCACACCACCCAGAUUCCCACUGCAGUUUACACCUUCGCUUCAGGAUAUACACAUUCCCCGCUGUCGAGCUCUACCUUUCACGUCCAGCUCUAGAAAAGGAUGCGCAGUACGAUCACCGAGCUUCACGGCUAUGUGCUGGCAUUCAACGCUACGUCUCACAAUGUUGUCGACGUUUUUCGAAAUGGCUGGAUCCAAGGCAUACAGUCACACAUCUUUCAAACUACUACAUGAUCUCAAUGCGAUCUCAAAUACCAUUAAAAGACGCCAGGGAGCUCGCUAUAAGCCGAUAAGGAGCCGGCCUAAACGACAUCACUCAUCUCAGCAGGGACCGGCAAUGGGGGAAGAGUCGAAGGAGGGCUGA